GUUUAGGUUACGCUUCUUUAAAAAGUAAACACUAGCGUUAAAGACUUGAAGCCAGUUCGCGACACGCGUGUUUCUGGUAUGUGAGACGUCGCGGCGUGUUGUCAGCGACUGAAAUACGUGUGAAAGAUGGACGUGGUGUGUUUCCGCCUGCCCGGCCACAGCGACGCCGCGCUGAGGAACAUGAAUACCUUGCGGGAGCAGCGGCACUUCUGCGACAUCACUAUCGUGGCUGGUGGCAGGCAGAUGUUCCGGGGUCACAAAGUGGUGCUGGCUGCCGGCUCGGCCUUCCUCAGGGACCAGUUCUUACUGAACCCUUCUGCAGAGCUACAGCAGGUUUCCGUGCUGCACAGCUCCACGGUGAUCCGCGAGCUCCUGCAGUCCUGCUACACGGGCGUCCUGCAGUUCAGCGCCAAAGAGAUAGUGAAUUACCUAACGGCGGCCAGCUACCUUCAGAUGGAGCACGUGGUGGAGAAGUGCAGGGUGGCGCUGAGUCAGUACCUUCAGACCAAAAGCUGCAGUUCAGGAGUGAGUCAGCGUUCGUCUGUGAAAACAGAAGAGUCCCAGGUUUUGGCGUCGAUGGUCAGCGGCAGCACUCGUUCCCUGGACAGUAUGUCGCCCCCUUCUGAGCGCGCCUCAUCGUUGCAGCCUCACAGCUCGGAGGAGGAGCCGCAGGUCUCGGGAGUCGAACACGCCGGCUCUCAGCGCAGAGAUGAGGCUGAUUUGUCUGGAGUGAGGCUUCGAGUGUCUGAGCACUCCGGAGGGGUCGAAGAUGACGAGAGCAGGAACGACUUCAGCGUGUUCGAGGUGCGCAUCAGAGACGAACACCACACCGGCGAAGACAACGCGGGAGUCCACGAUGACGCCGUGGAUGUGUUGGCUCUGCGUCAGGACGCGCACGUCGACGACCUGUGCAGGGACGAAGGUGGAGCGCCGGGGAGCAGCCCGAGGGGCGGAGUGCGCAUCUGGAGGCGGAGAUUCGGAGAGCCCAGGGGCGGCCGCGGGCGGGGCUUCAAGCACAGGAAGCGCUACACCUACCGCGAGCGAAGGCCUUUGGGGAACUUCCAGCAGGCGUGGCGCUUCCCCACCUCCGAGGAGAUCAUGGGGAGCUUUGGACCGGGGAUCGGACAGGACUAUCUGGCUCUGGGAGACGGUUCAAUGCGGGUGGAUUACCAGCCGACGGAUUGCCAAGGAGACGCGGCGGGUUCGGACGGCGGCCCCGGUCACUACGGCAUGGACGGAGCGGGCGCGGAGGACGACGUGGGAGUCGUACCGCUGCCCGCCAACGAAGAAGAUGGCGGCGAGGACUCCGUGGCCGUCGUGGGUUCCACGUCCUGCGUGACGGGUUCGGCGGCGUGCGAGCAGUGCGGCCUGGCGUUCUCCUCGGUGGAGGAUCUGGCCGCGCACUCGCGCUCCACCCACCUGCUGUACGUGUGCCCGUGCUGCGGCAAACACUUCAGCCAGACCAGCAAUCUGAACCGGCACAUGGCCGUCCACCGCUCGGCCAAGCUGCACAGCUGCCCGCUGUGCCACAAGACCUUCACGCAGAAGUCCACGCUGUCCGACCACAUGAACAUGCACAGCGGUCAGCGGCCGCACGUCUGCGCCUUCUGCCGCAUCUGCUUCGCUCACAAACCGGCGCUGCGGCGCCACCUGAAGGAGCAGCACGGCAAGACCACCGCGCAGAACUACCUGGAGAUCCAGAGAGAGUGUGAGGAACCCGUUAUAGGAGGAGGAGUUUAAGAUGACUGUUUUAAGACAGAGUCUAAAGUAGCAUUAUUGAGAUCAGAGGGCCAGAGUCUGAUAAUGUCCUUGUCAUAUAUAUAUAUACACACAGUGUGUUAAACUGUAUCCUGACUCAAGGGACAGAAGUUCCCAUGGUUUGGUCAAGUCUUUAAUUUAUCCGUUGCGUCAGUCCUUCAAGACAUGUUUGGUGUCUCACGUUUGCUUCUUUUAUGUACUGGAGCUACCAGGAUGAUCAAACGAAAAGGUUUAAACGUUAAAGGUUCUUUAAGUUUUUUUUUCUUUUUUUUUUCCUUGAAGUGGCCUUACUGUGUUUGGUGGGUUUCCUCAAGGUACUCUUUUUCAACAGUCCUAAAACAUGCAGAUUAGGUUAAGUGGCCUUCCCAAAUCGCCCGUAGUGUGUGAAUGAGGUGUACCCCGCCUCAUGCCCAAAGUCUUCUAAGUCCCCUGCGACCCUGUACUUGAUAAUAUAGAGAAGGAAUAAAUGAAUUAAGGUAUUUAUGGACUACAAAAAAAAGUAUUUUAAGAGCUUAGCCUUAAUACAUCAACUUGUUCUCGCAAUUUCGAAAGACUCAGAGACAUUAAACUUAUUAGGUGAUAAAUAGUUUUUGAGAAGCUGUACCUAGGAAACAUUUUAGAGAGCCUGAUGAGGUACAUCAUGAUCUAGGGCUAUAUUUUGUCAGAUUAUUUUAAGGAAAUGUAGGAAAAAUUGAGUCUAAUAUAGUGCAAGUCAAGAAAUUAUUUGAGUAAUUUCUAUGAUCAGAAAAAAAUGUAAACUUUUUAUUCAUUUUAUUUUUUUUACAGCAGCUUGAUGUAGUUACCUUAACUAACCCUGGGUUUGAAGAGGCCCAGUACGUUCACUUAUUUAAAGUUGCGUGUCCUAACACUGUUAGAUAUCCUGCGUAGUAGACGACCCCUGCCGGUUCAUGAUUUUAUAAAUAUAUUGAAGUAUUAUAUAAUCUUUUUUUAAUUUUAUUAAUUCCGUUACAAUUCUAAACGAACUUGCCAACUAAUUUGCUCCCACCAUACAGUGGGAAGUGUAGAGCACCCCCUGCAGGAUUAUAGAGGAACAAAUUUUUACAGCCUUAGAUACAAACAUAUAGUGUGGUGAUACAUGGACUGACAUACGGAGGCUUAUGUCCCAAUUUAUAACCAAAAUAUUUCACAUAUUUUAAAAUAUUAAUUCCUGCGGCCAUCUCUCUUUAAGUCUGGUUUCCUGAAUAAAUUAAAAAAAUGGCUUUGUUCUCUUUAGUAUUCCCCUCAGCUCACAUCACAACCCAGUCCAUUUUUUUUUCUCUUUUUAUCUCUUGUUUGUAUU